AUGGCCUAUCAUAAAAAGUUGGCUUUGGUGGAUGACCGUCCUGGCCUGAUUGUGAUGGCCUCGCUGUUUUAUAUCAUCCAAAUUCUGCACCUCAAAUACAACAAGAUCCUUGUUUUGGGCCUCAAUAGCGUCUUUCUGGCUGCUACCAUUCAAGGGGCAAUCACUGGUCACUCUGAAGUUGUAGACGAUUGGCCUCUCACCAGCCCUUUGGAACAUCUGGUAGAGAAAUACAAGUAUGCCUUCCAGAUUAUGGAGAAGAUGACAUUUGGAUUGAUCAAGAUUUCUAUCCUGCUUCUUUGGAAACGCAUGAUCAGUCCUAUCCGCUCAUUCCAGACGUGCUGUCACGUAAUGAUCGGUGUCGUGAUAGCCUGGUCAAUCGCGUUUGUCUUCGCCACGGUCUUCCAAUGCGGUCUUAACUGGAGCUGGAACUGGGCACCCAUCACCUUGUUCUUGACACAGUGUAGCAACACACUAAACAUGCUCACUGUAUUCACCGCCACUGAUAUUGCGACUGACAUCGUGAUAAUUGUCCUGCCUGUUCCUAUCAUUUGGAAACUACAUCUACCAACCGCUAAAAAGGCUGGCUUGACAGGAUUGUUCAUGUUGGGUCUUUUCACGAUCGGAGCCGGUAUUGCGCGAAUGUACAUAUAUCUUGUUACCUCCUACGACAAACAAGACAACCCCGACUUCAUUGCUGAUUUCACGCUUUUUAUGCUUUGGUCAGCUAUUGAAGUAAACGUUGGCAUGAUCGUCUGUUCUAUGCCUGUCUGUGGCCCUGUAGCAGCCAAGAUCCGUGACGGAUUCACCACUGUUUUGGGACUCAAGCACACGAAAUACGACGAUAUGAGGGAAGGGAACCAUUUGACUUCUCGAUCAAAAAGUCUUGGCGGGUCAACCGCUUCUUGUGAGCUGGGAACCUGUCGCACUGCUAUCGCCGCGCGAGAUCCUUGGGAGUUGGACGAUAUUGAAAGGCAGUUAGAAGCCCCCGCGGCCAUUGUUGUUCGCACUCAGAUCUCCAAAACUUGGAAAUCACCUCAAGAUUACCAAUCACAUACUUGA